AUGUUGGUCGACAGCUUCCGCGUGGACAGUCCCCAUGUUGAGUACACCGACGACGCGAUCAGGUCUACGUAUGAGUACCAAACCACAGAGUUCUUGCACGAGCAGAAGAGCGAUGGCAAGUACGAGUGGGUGGCCAAGCCCAAAUCCGUGCCAUAUCAAUUCAUCACCGAGCGCAAGGUGCCCAAGCUGGGAAUGAUGCUUGUUGGGUGGGGCGGCAACAACGGAUCCACUCUCACGGCUGGUAUUCUUGCUAACAGAGAAGGUAUCUCUUGGGUGACCAAGGAUGGCGUGCAACACGCUAACUACUUUGGGUCUCUUACUCAAGCAUCCACCUGCCGCGUGGGCGCUUUCCAGGGCGAGGAAAUUCACGUACCAUUCAAGAGUAUUCUGCCAAUGGUUGACCCCAAUGACCUCGUGAUUGGAGGGUGGGAUAUUUCGAACAUGAACUUGGCCGACGCCAUGGACCGAGCUCGUGUGUUGGACAUUGACUUGCAGAAGCAGCUCCGCCCGCUUAUGCAGGACAUGGUUCCCAUGCCCGGAAUCUACGACCCUGAUUUCAUUGCUGCCAACCAGGAGGCUCGCGCCAACAAUCUGAUCAAGGGUACGAAGAAGGAGCAAAUGGAGAAGAUUAUCCAGGACAUUAGGGACUUUAAGGCUCAGAACAAGGUGGACAAGAUCGUUGUGCUGUGGACUGCUAACACCGAACGAUACAGUGAUGUGAUCGUUGGUCUCAAUGACACGAAGGAUAAUUUGUUUGCAUCUUUGGAGAAGGGAGAGAAAGAAAUUUCGCCCUCUACCUUAUUUGCUCUCGCUUGCAUUCACGAACAAGUUCCAUUCAUCAAUGGCAGCCCCCAAAACACCUUCGUUCCCGGCGUAAUUGAGUACGCUGUAGAGAAGAAAUCUCUUAUUGGCGGUGAUGACUUCAAGAGCGGACAAACCAAGAUGAAAUCUGUGCUUGUGGACUUCCUCGUUGGAGCAGGCAUUAAGCCCACCUCAAUUGUGAGCUACAAUCAUUUGGGAAACAACGAUGGCAUGAACUUGUCAGCACCUCAGACCUUUCGUUCCAAGGAGAUCUCCAAAAGCAAUGUGGUAGAUGACAUGGUCGCCAGCAACUCCAUUCUCUACGCACCCGGCGAGCAUCCCGACCACGUUAUUGUAAUCAAGUACGUGCCCUACGUCGGUGACAGCAAGAGAGCAAUGGACGAGUACACUUCCGAGAUUUUCAUGGGCGGACGCAAUACUAUCGUCAUGCACAACACUUGUGAAGAUUCUCUCUUGGCCGCGCCCCUCAUCCUUGACUUGGUCUUGUUGGCUGAGCUCUGCACACGAAUUCAAUUCAAGGAAGACGGACAGGAGAAGUUCCACUCUUUCCACCCCGUUGCUGCCCUUCUUAGCUACCUCACCAAGGCGCCACUCGUGCCCCCUGGCACCCCGGUAGUGAACGCUUUGGCCAAACAGCGGGCGAUGCUUGAGAACAUUAUGCGUGCGUGCAUUGGGCUCUCCCCCGAUAACAACAUGAUGCUCGAAUACAAGUGAAGGGGUGGAUAUUGGAGUAGGAGGCGGACUAACGCCUGGGUCACGUUUGUCAUCCCUAACAGUUGUUCCUGCGAGGCUAGGAACCUAAAACUGCCCAGGUGCACAGUAUCUGUGUUUAUUCAAUGUUUCUCUCACCUCUCAAGCCACUGAAUUUUUUGCGAAUGAAACUGCGGGUGGCGGGAUUGGCAGGGGGGAAGCCUGUCGAUCCAAUCGAUCAUAGAAAGGGUAAGUUUUAGUAGUCAGGAAGAUGGAGCUGGUUGAAUAAAUGAAGGAAAAUUCUUUUGAGCUCUGGGGGAUAGUAGCUGCCAGCAAGUGAAAGUUCCUUGUAUUUAUCCAUGUGGAUUUUUAGCUCGAAAUACUAUAAUGUAACUUUUGAAUCAAAUUUCUUUGCCAGAGUC